AUGUUGCCCCGCGGCCGGAGCCACGGGACUGCAGAGUCCCGGAGGUCCGAGGCGGCCGGAGGGGCGGGGACGGGGCGGGGGGGCCGGGCCCCGCCCCAGGCUAGGGUGGGCGCGGCGAGGCCUGUGGCCACCGUCACUGGCCGCGGGAAGACAGGGGCUGGGGCUGGGCCAGGCCCGGGCGUCUCUCUUGUGCUCCCGGUGCCCCAGGUCCAGGUCUCGGGCCGAGAGAACGCUCCGCGACAGGCCCAGCAAGCCUCUGCCGCCACCUGGAGACCCGGCCUCAGGUGGGCAGGCUGGAGGGAGAAGGAGGAGGCCGCUUUAGGGUCAGUUUCCGAGACCGAGCUGCUUGGGACUCCUGGCGGAAGUAGCUGCUCGGAGCCGGAGCCUAGGGCAACUCUGGGCGGAAGCGGUGGAGCUCGAAACUCGAAAGGCAGGGAAGUCAGAGCCGGAAGUCGGUCCCCUCCCCAGGUCCGAAGAGAAUGUUUCCGGAAACAAGGACCCGAAGAUGAGGAAACCGAGGCUCAGAGAUGCAAAACAACGUGCCUAAAACCAAACAACUGGUCCAACAGAGAUUACCCACUACUCAGAGCUUGCUCCUCAACUCCUGAGCGGGGGACAUUUUGGCAGCAUGCCAAAAGAUCUUUGUCUCUCUUGACCUUCUCACCUGGGAAGCCAUCACUGACCAGAGAAUCCAAGUUGUUACAGUGAUCAGGAACCACCGAGGUAUUACCUGUCAAAACUCCUGAAAUUGGCCAUGAGAUUAUUGAAGCUGAGUGGCGAGUACA